UCAAAAUGGAGAAAAACCCUAAUUUCAAAACUACUUGUUCUUCGUUAAAAGUUAUUGUGGUGUAAUUCAGUUCGUUAUUAUGGUUCUCAAAUUAUUAUUAAGUUUAUAAUUGUAUAUACACCAAUUUCCAGGAUUAUUUUAAUAUUGGAUACGAACAAAUUUUGAGAAACUGCUCAAGACAAAGUUCGAAUAUUUGUAGGUUAUAAAUCAAGCGCCCGCCAACAUGAAUACAUCUACUUUCCACAAUCAGAGAGCCGAUACCUCACAAAAUCCCUUGAAUAGAAUGGAACACGCGUCUAGAAACGUUGAGAAGUCAUUGCAACUGGACUGUAACGCUCCGAAACUCGUUGAUCUCAUGGGUAUCGGGCCCCAAACUGGGUCCACAGCUAGCGGUCUCAUAGAUCAUGACUAUCCUACAUUGUCUGCUUCGCCACUCGUCAACAACAAUAUGACUCAGAUCAAAUGCGUAAACAGCGUGCCUCUGCCAUCGGAAAUAGUAGAUCAUUUUACACAUGUUCAAUGUCACUGUAUGAUGGGUUUAUUUUCUGAAAUCAAUAGAGCUUGGCUGACUGUCGAUAGCGAUAUUUAUGUCUGGACAUAUGAAGAAAACACUGACUUGGCUUACUUUGAUGGGAUUAACGAGACUAUCCUGUGUGUGGGAUUGGUGACACCGAAAAAUAGAGUUUUUCACGCUUUCAUCAAGCACCUGCUCAUCUUAGCGACUUCGGUCGAUAUAGUUGUGUUAGGUGUCACAUUCACAGAAAAACCCGGGGAAAGUACGGAUGAAAUACAGCUUAUACCCGAUCCGGUAUUUACUAUUCCCACUGACGGAUCGACUGUUUCAAUUAUAACAGGAACUGAGGAUGGCAGGAUAUUUUUUGGAACUAAGGAGGGGUGCUUAUUCGAAAUUUCUUAUCAGGCUGAAAGUGGCUGGUUUGGCAAACGAUGUAAGAAAGUCAAUUUAUCCACUAGUUCUUUCUCCUUCUUAGUUCCUUCCUUCUUGAACGCCGCCCUCAGCGAAGAUGAUGGCAUCACCCAAAUUUCUAUAGACAACAGCAGACAUAUUCUGUACACUCUCACCGAAAAAGGAACCAUCGAAGUAUGCGAUCUGGGAGAAAAAGGAAAUUCAUUUUCGAGGAUAGCGAAAAUGACUCAAAACACUCUGGUCAACCAGGCCAUGAACACAGUUAAGACUUUGGACAGUCAAAACUUCCGUCCCAUCAUCAGCAUCUCCGCCAUAGAAUCGUUCGAGUCUGCAAAUCUGAACCUUGUCGCAGUAUCCCAAACGGGAAUCAGAUUCUACAUGUCAGUGGUGAGCCUUUCCAACUUUCUGCCGAAUCAGAGACCAUACACUUUGACUCUCGUUCACGUGAGGAUGCCUCCUGGAUAUUCUGCCAACGUAACGGUGAGACCCAGGGCGGUCCACGUGUCUCAAUACAGGGAUAGGAAUUCAUUGUUGAUCUCAACUGUUAAUGAGAAAGACGUUUUGUGGUGUAUAAGUUCGGAUUUAUUUCCUUUCAGUCAAACGCUGAUGGAAGCCUAUACUACGGUGAAUUUGGAUGGACCUGCUCUGGCUGUGGCUGAGGUUCAUCAAUCCGUACCUUUAUUGUCCACGCAAAACGAAGAAGCACCUCCACUGGUUAUCCGCCAGCAUGCCGAACCACCGAAAAAGUUUAUCGUUCUCACAUCUCACGGCGUUCAGAUAUUCGUUAAACUCAGACCUGUGGAUUUGUUGCGGCAAAUCUUGAAGGACAGUCGCGGGCAAGAGACGGAAGCGCUGAAGACUUUCUUCGCCAUCCAAAAGGAUGAUCAGGCGUGUGCCACUUGUUUGAUUCUGGCAUCGCUGGAAACCAGUAACACUAGUGAGAUCGUGGAGUAUGCGACAAGGGCGUUCUUCCUUUUCGGAGGGGAACCAAAACUGGCGCCGGUCAGUUCAGGAAAUAUGUUUUCAGGAGCCUCGAUAUUCUCUCCAAACAUCAUAUCUACUCCUGCUCCGCAUCAGUUUCAGCAGCAGCAACAACAGUUUCAGCAGAAUUUGUCUCUUACCAUGUCGCCAGCCAACCAAACUCUUGACAUGAUAUGUCCGUUCAUAUUUUCGGCCAAGCAUAAUGGACUCUAUCUGUAUUUGAGUAGGAUUUUGAGACCAAUCUGGUAUCGAAGGUGUAUCGAAAGAACAACUGUGGAUGGAAAAACUAUAACGAACCUCAGUACGAUUUCGAGUGAAGACUGCAUCUCGAUCUUGACCAACCUGACCGCCUUGCAUAAUUUUCUGAUGCACAACACUCAGCUUUCGGCUGUUAGCACCGGAAGCUGCAACUUGCAGAACUCUGUGUCGCUGAACAACACGUCGAUGAACAUGACCCGAAUGAAUCAAACCAUACAGGAUGCCCAGCAAGAGGAAAAGCAGUCUCUCAAGUCGUUGAAGGUGUUCGUGUGUCACUGCUGCCAGAUAUUAGGCCUGUGGCAGAUCUUGUGCGAACAUCAAUUCCAUUCGUUGAUCGGAGCUCUCCCGGAAAAUGAGCAGCAGCUCCUGCAGAAUAUGGCGUUCAAAGAUCUGUUCCUGUACAGGCAAGAUAUCUGUUCGCUGCUGAUCACCAAUCUAGUCGACAGUUACCUUGGCGAUAAUGCUUCCGUCGACUCGAUCAGUAAUAAGCUGAGGGAGGUCUGUCCUCAUUUGUAUAAGACUGAAGACGCUGCUUUCUCAAAGGCCAUCGAAAUUCUUAAAGCAGCUCGAACGAUACAAAACGCAGAUGAGAAGGAAGAAAUGUUAUUGUCCGCUCUACAAAUUUGUAAGUGCAUAUCGCCGAAUAUAAAUAUGGGUGAAGUUUGCAGGGAGUUUACAUCUCUCAAAGCGUACAGAGCAGUAAUAGAGUUAUGUAUGCAUUACGGUAGAAUGAUGGAUCCGGAAAAAGUUGCGGAGAAUUAUUACAACACGGACGAUAAUUCGGCGGAUCAGGAGGGUUUCAAUUUUUAUCAAAGAAGGAUGGAAAUCUACAAGCAUAUCCUGCAAAUGCUGGAAUAUGUAUAUAAUGAACAGCAGCAGGUUCCCAAUAAUAGAUGUGAACCUGACUAUACUACUAAUCAAUCGAUUUUGUUGAAUGAUACCAGAGAAUCACAGAUUGGAUGUACGUUGAAACAGGUCAUCGAAGAAAUUUUGGAAACCCCCGACGAAAUAAUGCAAGUUGCUCUAUAUGAAUGGCUAGUUUCGAAAAAUAUGUCCGGAGAUCUCAUAAAAAUUCACAACUCCUCUUUGGAAGUCUACUUGAAAAAAACCUCUGCUCAAAAUCCGAAUAAUAUCAGUGUCAUGGAUCUCUUGUGGAAAUAUUACGAAAGUAAUAAUAAUCAUGCAGCAGCUGCCAAAGUACUAAAUAACAUCGCUUGUAAAACAGGAAAUUAUGUGCCAUUGAAAGAAAGACUGUCCUACCUUGCCAAAGCUAUAAUGUGCAUGAGGAGUGACAAAGUGGGUUACGCACCUUAUCUGGGAGUCUUUUUGAGAGAUUUGGAGGACAGAAUGGAAGUGGCCAAGGUGCAAGAACAGAUACAAGAGGCCAUUUCGAAUUUGCAAGGGCAGGUACCGAACGUGCAAGAAGCUGUCGCCGCUCUAAAUUCUGGCUUGUACGAAAUUUCACAACUGUAUGAAAACUUUGCGGAACCGUUCAAACUACUGGAAUGCCAACUGGCGAUCAUUGACUGUUCCGGUUACAGUGAUAAAGUUCUAGUAGAAUCGAUUUGGCAGCAAAUUUUAGCCGACGAACUGAGAAAGGCGUCUGGAUCCGUCAACGACAAACUCAGCCAAGUUUUAGCUAAAGUUAAACACUUGGCCAAGCAGUACUCAAAAUCAGUUUAUACUUUUCCGUUAGAUUCAGUUAUCUUCGAAUUGGAAUCGGUCAACUCCAAAUUGAAAGGUGACAAGAGACUUGUUCCAGAAGCUUUGGAAUCUGUGAAUAUUCCAUUUGAAGUUUUAAUUAAUGCGUAUAACAAGUAA